GGACCAUCCCACUUAUUACCGAGGAAGGGAAGUUGAUGACAUGCAGCAGGAGUGAAGAUUCAUUCUGUUGCUAGUUCCUCCUGCAGCACAGAACUGUGGAUUCCCUGCGGAGUUUGGGUGGUUUCACACCUCCACUUGCUCCUGCAGUCCCUGAACAUUUACUCUGGGUCCCUAUUGCCUCAUUUGGUGAAAGAUGGCAUCCAGUCUAACUUGUACCGGAGUGAUCUGGGCUCUGCUCUCGUUUCUUUGUGCUGCCACAUCUUGUGUGGGGUUUUUUAUGCCUUACUGGCUCUGGGGGUCACAGCUGGGCAAGCCUGUGUCCUUUGGAACUUUCCGGAGGUGCUCCUAUCCUGUGCAUGAUGAAAAUCUUCAGAUGAUGGUGAUGGUGGAGGAAUGUGGGCGCUACGCCUCCUUCCAGGGCAUCCCCAGCACAGAAUGGAGGAUCUGUACCAUAGUGACCGGCCUGGGGUGUGGCCUCCUGCUGCUGGUGGCACUGACCGCUCUCAUGGGAUGCUGUGUGUCUGAGCUCAUCUCCAGGACAGUGGGAAGAGUAGCUGGAGCAAUUCAGUUCCUGGGGGGCUUGUUGAUUGGUGCAGGCUGUGCACUCUACCCCUUGGGCUGGGACAGUGAGGAAGUCCGGCAGACUUGCGGCUACAUUUCUGGCCAGUUUGACCUAGGUACGUGUGAAAUUGGCUGGGCCUACUACUGCACCGGUGGAGGCGCUGCGGCUGCCAUGCUCCUGUGCACAUGGCUGGCUUGUUUCUCUGGCAAGAAACAGAAGCAGUACCCGUACUGA